AUGUCCAUGGGAACCCCCAUAUCACCAACGCCGCUGCAGACGGCGGAACAUCGAGCAUACAAUGUUGUGGCUUUUUCCAAAAAGAACACAGCUAUCCGUGACUGCAAAAGCUUGAUAGACAUGUCUCACAGUGCAUCUGUUACAGCCUGCCUCGAGGACAUCUCAGCUUGGAUGAAAGACCAUCACCUCCAGCUGAACCCUGCCAAGACCGAACUACUCGUGUUUCCGGCACACCCUACGGUCCAACACGAUUUCAACAUCCAUCUUGGCAAUACCACAAUCACCCAUUCCAAAACAGCCAGGAACCUCGGAGUCAUAUUUGAUGAACAGCUGUCCUUCAAUGAUCACAUUGCAAAGACAACACGGUCAUGCCGAUAUGCCUUAUUCAAGAUUAUAAAGAUCAGACCCUACCUCACAGAGCAUGCGGCAGAACUCCUUGUCCAGGCCCUGGUAAUCUCAAGGUUGGACUACUGCAAUGCUCUCCUUGGUGGUCCUCCUGCAAAGGCUAUGAAACCACUUCAGCUGGUUCAGAACGCAGCAGCACGCCUCGUCUUCCAACAGCCCAAAAGGGCUCACGUGACUCCCCUUUUCAUAUCUCAUCACUGGCUACCGGUUGCAGCCCGUAUCAGUUUUAAGUCACUAAUGCUUGCCUACAGGACUAUCACUGGGUCUGCACCGGCUUACUUCCACACUCUCCUGCACUCCUACACCCCAUCAAGAUCCAUGCGUUCAGCAAACCAGCGGUGUCUUGAAUUGCCUUCCCAUAAGGGCAGUAAAUCGCUCUCCCGCUCUUUCUCAUUCACAACUCCUUCCUGGUGGAACAUUCUUCCUAACUCUGUCCGUUCAACCACAUCUCUCACAACAUUUAAAAAACUAGUUAAAACCCAUCUCUUCUGUGAA